AUGCCUCGGCCGGAAAAACCGGUCAAUCUCAUGCGCGGCUGGCCUUCGCCAGAUGUGCUGCCCGCGAGCCUCUUGGCAGCCGCCUGCCAGCGCGUCCUCUCGGACAUGGCCGAGUACACCCCGAUCCUGCAGUACGGCGCCGAUCCGGGCUACGAGCCGCUCCGCGAGGGUCUCGCCCAGUGGUUGGGUCGGCACUACCGCGUCCAGCCGGACCCGCGACGCCUAUGCAUCACGGGCGGCGCGAGCCAGAGCCUCGCAUGCAUCCUCCAGAGCUUCACCGACCCUAGCUACACGCGCGCCGUCUGGGUCAUCGCCCCCUGCUACUACCUGGCCUGCGGCAUCUUUGCCGACUCGGGGCUGAAUGGCAAGCUACGGGCCUCGCCCGAAGACGAUGAGGGCGUGGACCUCGAGGUCCUCGAAAGGAUGAUGCAACAGGUCGACGACGAGGCCGGCAGCCGCCCAGCGGCGCAGACGCUCAAGGAGCCUGGUCCGCAUCGGAAGCUGUACAGGCACGUCAUAUACACAGUCCCGACGUGCGCCAAUCCCUCCGGAAAGACAAUGACAUUGCGUCGCCGCGAGGUCCUCGUCAAGCUGGCGAGGAAGCGCGACGCUCUCAUCGUCUGCGACGACGUCUACGACUUCCUGCAGUGGCCACUCGAAGGCGAUCCGACCCCGGAGCGCCCGCCGGAGCUGCGGCUCCCUCGCCUGUGCGACAUCGACCUCGCAAUGGGCCCUGCCGCGAACGACCCGCAGGGGUUUGGGCAUGCCGUGAGCAACGGAUCCUUUAGCAAGAUCUCGGGCCCCGGAGUGAGGACCGGCUGGGUGGAGGCGUCGCCGGCCUUCGUCACGGGGCUCAGCAAGACGGCCUCUACGAUGUCUGGCGGAGCUCCCAGCCAGCUCUGCGCCGGCAUCCUGAGUGACAUGGUUCGCACAGGGGAACUGGAAAAGCACAUUGAAACCAGGGUGCGGCCGUCCCUGCAGCGGCGACACAGGCUGAUGAUGGACGCCAUCCGCGAGUUCCUCGUCCCGUUGGGUGUGCAGACGCGCCAGAGCAGUCUCGCUGGCAGCCAGGUAUACGGGGGCUACUUUGUCUGGCUGACGCUUCCACCCGGGCAUCCCCUCCCCACGACGGCGGUGGCCGAAAUUGCCAUGGACGAGGAGAACCUGGUUAUUGGCUACGGCAACAUGUUUGAGGUGCUUGGAGACGAGGACAGCGCAAGGUUUGACGCGGAUAUACGGUUGUGCUUCGCAUGGGAGUCCGAAGAGAGCCUUGUUGAGGGCGUCCAAAGGCUGGCCAGGCUCCUCAAGAGAAUGCGGGACAAUAGGGAAUUGUAUCAACCGCGUGUAGGCGGUGCGCAAGCACCCGGAGUAGACACCUUCAAAUGA